AUGCGUCUUGUAUGUUUACUCGGAUUCACCAUCGCCCCCGCGCUUGCGGCCUGUCCCUAUGCCCAAGAUGCAGGUGUUCAUGUCGGCAGCAGCGCAAAUCCCCACGCCAAUUUGGCUCGCGACACCAUUCCAACCGGAGAAACGCCGGCUGUUGGCUCCGCUACGGCCUCUUCCGCGGCUGGAAAAAAGGGUGUGAUGUUGAUGAACCGAAUCUCCCCGGCCAAAUCCAAAUUGUACAUUGCCAAUGCAGACGGAACCAAUGAGCGACCCUUGUUGAAGAAUCCCGUCUAUGAAUACCACGCCGAUUUUUCUCCUGAUGCCCAAUGGAUUAGCUUCACCAGUGAGCGCAACGGUGAUGGAAACUCCGAUAUCUGGCGUGUGCGCCCAGAUGGGUCGGACUUACAGCCAAUCGUGACAUCUCCAGCAGUCGAAGACAGUGCUGUGAUCUCACCCAAUGGGACAUUGGUAGCCUAUGUUUCGACAGCCAACAACUUCGAGGCCAAUAUCUGGAUCAAGGACCUGGACACUGGUACCGAAUGGAAUAUUACCGAUACUCCAGCGAAUAGGGCAGAUCCAGAUAUGAUGCAUGGGAACUUCCGUCCUGCUUGGUCACCGGACGGAGAGUGGAUUGCAUUUUCCUCAGACCGCAACACCAUCUGGGAUGGCCAUGGACGGCCUAGCUUUAACGGCCUCGCCGGCUGGGAACACACUCAAGAGCUCGCCAUUUAUGUCAUUCGUCCUGAUGGCUCAGACCUUCGUCUUGUUACAAACCGGACUCGCUAUUCUCUUGGAUCGCCGAAGUGGUCACCCGAUGAGGAGCGGCUUGUAUUCUACGAGAUGACUCGUAAUGCCACAUACGAUGCACACCGUCCUGAGUCCUUGGCCAAUACAAGCUCCGCUAUCGUUUCGAUUAGACUUGACGGCACCGACCGUCGCGUGGAGGUUGAUGGUCCUAAUGUGAAGACAUUUCCACAAUAUGUGACAAACACCACAAUUGGAUAUCAUGUGAAAGGCGGCCAAAAUGACGGCUUGUAUCACACUGACGGCACCUGCUACACAGCCGAUAUCCGCUCACCCUCAUGGUCGCCAGACGGGAAGCUUGUAGUAUACGAGAAGGUUGACUGGUCAGUUCGUCCCCUUUAUAAGAAGUUAUAUAGCUGGGACAACGACUGGGAUUACAGGUUCACCUAUGUAUUCCCCCAGCUCUCGUCAGAUGAGCUCAUUGCUGUCACCCACAGGCAGCAUGGUGACGCUUCGAUACUCACUUUUGACACUAAUGGCAAUGAGGUUUUGUCAGUAUACAGCUCAAGCGACAGCGACCUCAUCUAUCGCGCGUCAGCCACGCACAACGAGCGUGGGGCAUAUUACCCAAGUUGGUCCCCGGAUGGCGACUGGAUUGCGUUUGGAGUCGGCUCGUGGUUUGACGAGCGUGAUGUGCACGGAGGCUGGAUUAUGCGAUCCACCGCCAACGGAAGCUACACGGAGGUGCUUGUUGAUAGUCAGCUGAAUCUUACGGAUGGAGGCAAGCUCAAUAGUGGGUUUCCCAGUUUCUCCCCGGAUGGCAAGAAGCUCGUCUAUCGCGUCUGGGGACCCAACACGCUCAUGCACAAUGACGGGACAGAAAUUGGGUUACGCAUACUCGACCUGGAGACCCGGAAGAUCACCCAGCUUACCAGCAGUUGGGAUAACCUACCGUCUUUUUCGCAAGAUGGAAAGCUCAUCCUCUUUACCCGCAAGAUUAACCCGACAAAUUAUGACAUCUGCACCAUCCGCGCUGACGGCACGGAUCUCCGCGUCCUGACCACCAGCGGUGCUAAUGAUGCGCACGCUGUUUGGCGCCAGGACGGAAAGAUCAUGUGGUCCUCGGGAAUGUACGGCUUCAGGUGUGAGUGCGCUCUGUACGACCGGACCUUCCAGCCCUAUGGUCAGAUUAUGAUUAUGGACCCUGAUGGAUCCAAUAAGCGUCCUUUGACAAACUCCAUUUGGGAGGAUUCGAUGCCGUUGUUCCUUACAAGGGAUGGGUUUUAA